UACAAUAACGUCAUUUCCGGUAUCAUGGCCACCAAAACAGUGGCAGGAAUUUGUCAGCUCGGUCCCAAACUGGUUUUCAUAGAUCCGCGGUGUCUUUGAGGCGCCAUCUCGGCUUUUCGGAUCUUUAAGAUCCGACUAUGGUGUGGCACUUCGCACCAAUUCGUGCGUUUGCGUUAAAAUAUGGCAUCUGAAUCCAUGUUCGUCAGCAGUUGGUAGUUAGCUGUAAACUUUGGUUUGCAGGAAAGCACUAUGCAAAGAUCAGUUUAGCAAAAAAGUUUGUGCAAAGGGCAACUAAUGGAGCAUACACUACUUAUUAUAAACCUGAUAGUAUUUAACUCCGAUUAUUACUGAUAUUACUCAUGGCUUGUAGUUCUGGUUCCAAUGCAAAAAUGUCAAAUCCUAAUGUCAACAUACCGGCGAUGGCGCUGACAGCAGACGCCGUGGAUCAGAAGACAAGCCCGGUGGUGUUUGAGAUUUACGGAAAGAUGUGGAACGUGCAGGCUCGUCUGGGGCAGGGCGUCUCGGCCUCGGUGUACCGGGUGAACUCCGGCCGGGCGAGCUCUGCAGUCAAGGAGUUUCAGGUGGACGCGCAGGGGGGAGAUUACGGGUACGUCAAGGAAAGCUCUGUGCUGGAGAAGAUUCAGGGACAUAAAAAUAUAGUGACGCUGUAUGGAAUGUUCACCAAUCACAACCCAUUUGGUGUAGCCACUCAUUGCCUUUUAUUGGAGCUUUUGGAUGUGAGUGUGUCAGAAUUGCUGGUCAGGGUGAGUAAUCAGGGGCAUUCCAUGUGGUUGAUCCAGCACUGUGCCCGUGAUGUUUUGGAGGCCCUUAGCUUCCUGCACAGGGGAGGUUACGUACACGCUGACCUCAAGCCCCGCAACAUUCUCUGGAGCGCUGAUGACGAGUGCUUUAAGCUCAUUGACUUCGGCCUUAGCUUUAAAGAGGGACACCAGGAUGUGAAGUACAUCCAGACAGAUGGAUACCGGGCACCUGAAGCCGAGCUGCAGAACUCACUGGCCCAGGCAGGUCUGGAGAGUGACUCUGGCUGCACAGCUGCUGUGGACCUGUGGAGUCUGGGAAUCAUUCUUCUGGAGAUGUUCUCAGGAAUCAAACUGAAAGAAACUGUGAAGUCUCAGGAAUGGAGGGAUAACAAUUCUGCAAUAGUAGACCAUAUCUUUUCAAGCAAUGCUGUGGUUUACCCGGCUAUCCCUGUUUUUCAUUUGAGGGAUCUGAUCAAAAGUAUGCUUCACAAUGACCCUCAACUGAGAAGCACAGCUGACUCAGCAUUAAUCAACCCUUUCUUCAGCAUUCCCUUUGCCCCUCAUAUUGAAGAUUUGGUUCUUUUGCCUACACCUGUCUUGAGACUACUAAACGUAAUCGACGACAACCACCUGUAUAAUGAGGAUGAGUAUGAAGAUAUAAUAGAGGACAUGAAAGAAGAAUGUCAGAAGUAUGGCACGGUUGUAUCCUUACUGAUCCCAAAAGAGAAUCCCGGCAAGGGACAGGUUUUUGUGGAGUAUGCAAAUGCUGGAGACUCCAAAGAAGCCCAGAGACUGCUGACAGGCCGAACGUUUGAUGGCAAGUUUGUGGUCACUACGUUUUAUCCACUGAGUGCCUAUAAGAGAGGUUACUUAUACCAAACUGUGCAGUAAGGCUGCACACACACACACCUUCAUUCAAAAUAUGUACAUUACAAUCAGAUGACUGGUUUUAAACCCUUGAUCUGUGCAUUAAUCUGUUGUGCUACCUUUAAUAUUUACUUGUGUAACUAAAAGCAACGAUUUUUUGAAUAUAGGUACACAUGCAGUUGAACUUGAGUGUAACAUGGAGAAAAAUUUUAGUUCCUGCUUCCAACCUUUUUUUUUUUACUAAAUGAUUACAACAUAAUAAGAGAAUUAUAUUUACUGUGUGAUAGCUGGCUGCCAGACAUUCGAUAUGUAUGCUUCCAUAUUUUUUAUUUUAGAUUAUGAAAAAACAAAUGUUUGCAGUGGGAUUGAUGCACUGAUUUGGUUUACACUGCCUUCUAAACAACAAAUCACUUCAGAGACCAGGUUUACAUGCUCUUUGAAUGUCUCCGAUUCUGAAAAUGUGUCGUUUAUGUGGCCUGUUUUCUUCCGUUCUUUUUUUCUGUUGUUAGGUUUGGUGAAGGGCAUGUUGUAGGCAUUGCCAGUAAUUAUGCACAUAUUUAUAAACUACUGGCAAAAUACACUGGCCUGCAUGCACUGUGGCGUGAUUAACAUUAGCAUACUUCACUUCACUUUAACCAUAUUUAAACUGAAGAUGGAAAUCUGCAGAGAGAGCACAAAUACAUCAGAGCGGGUAGCCUUGUGCUAUAGAUCAUUCUGAAGUGACGACUUUUUUUGAGACUCCAUGUCUAACACAAAAGCCACAAUCUGUCUCAAUCCAAACCUUUCUGGAAAUGUUUAUUGAACAUUAUACUUUUUAAGUAUAUUAAGUAGGGGUGUAACGGUUCACAAAAUUCACGGUUCGGUUCGAUACGAUACACUGAUGUCACGGUUCGGUUCGGUUCGGUUCGAUACGUUUUAGAUACAGCAAAAUGUAAAAACAUCUCAACUUUUCAGAAUGCCGCAAGCGCACCGCGGGUCAUGUGACAAGAACCAACCAAUCAGCUUCAUCCUUUCCCGUAACAACGUUGAGAGCUCAGCCAAGAUGAAGGAACAGCUGAUCAUAGUUGUAUAUGGAUUGCAAUUUUGAAAUAAAUUGAGUAGCAGAGCUACUGCAAGCGAUUUUUAGAGCUGCAAAUCCAUUUAUCCUUCGCUGAAAUUUCCGCGUCUCAUGGAGAGAGCACGUCAUUGUUGCUUAGCAAAGACAGACGCCUCAUGAGCGCUUCUGCCCGAGCGCUUUGGAAAGGAGGAGAAAGACGCGCUUAGCGUUUUCCAUGCGUUUUUAGGCACGAUAUGUGAACGGCCCCUAAGGCGCUCGCUCACUCAGCACGCGCUGAAGGCUCGUUGCAAAAUGUCUAAUGCAUUUAAUAGACCAGAAAUAUAAGAUCCUAAAAUAACCAACAGGUCUGGUGUUUGGGUUGGAUUCCCUGUAAGCUAUAGUGUCUAAAUGCUGCAGGGAUAGUUUGCUGCGUGCAUGUUUCUCCUUUUUUUCGUCUUUUCCCAGAUAGUACUGACGCAUAUAUCCCAGAUAUUCCCGCUGUUUUUUUUUUUUUUUUUUUGUAAUCCCGCUGGUGUACCCUGUCAUGUUGCAGAUGCGACAUACCGUUGUUUUUUUUAUCCACCACUCUCUUGCCAUCACCAUUAUAGCUUAAAGGGAAUCCAAAGUGCACCCAAACACCAGACCUGUUGGUUAUUGGAGGAUCUUCUCAUUUCUAGUCUGUUAAACGCAUUGGCUAUUUUGCAACGAGCCUUCAGCGCGUACUGAGUGAGCGAGCGCCUGCUGAGUAGCCUAACAUAAACAUAUAAGAUGGUGUUUUUUUCUUCUUCGGGAGUGUCAGGGGCGUUGCCUGUUACGUUGUUUGGGUUAUUGGGCUACCUUGUUGAACGCAUAUCAUUAUAUUUCUCUCUCUCUCUUUUUUUUUUUUUUUCAAAUAUAAUUAAUUACUCCAACGAACCGUUCGGUAUACAUAAUGCGUACCGCGUACCGAACCGAAAGCGUCGUACCGAACGGUUCAAUACGAAUACGCGUAUCGUUACACCCCUAAUAUUAAGUAUCAAUUGUGUCUGAAAACUCAUCAAAAACAUGUCAAGUGGACUUCUUGGGAAAAUACUCGUGUUGAAUGUGUGUACUGUAUGUUGUCCAGAGCAGUGCGACUUGUAGCUUUACAGAACACAUAUGUGAAGAUGUCAGGAGCAAAUUUUCUACUCUGGACUGCCCUGACAUAUUGAUAAAUAAUGCUGUUAAUGUGAGAAUCACUUUAUUAUACAGAUACAGUAAAAAAUUAAUUACCUUUUGUUAAAACUGAAACGCUUUCCUACAGACACGUUCAAGUCCGUUGUAUCAGCUAUUUGAAUGGGUUUUACUAUCUGUACAAUAAUGGUGAGUGAUUUUGAAGUGGCAACAUUAUUUAAAGGCUUUUCCGGUUGUGAUGGGUAUAUUCCUGGUAUCAUAGUGUUUUCCGAUCAGUUUGUCUGUGACUGCAUGAUGUGGAGUCUUUAAUAGUACUACAGAGCUUUUCGACUCUUGAGCAGUUCUUUCUAGGAGUGUUCUCAUUUACUUCAUGAAUAUCGUCUGAUGGUUUGUCAGUCACCCAGAUUGAUUGUUUUUCUUUCUGCUGUCCAGUGAAUGCCAUAAAGUCAGUUUUCAGUGUCCUGCAGUCUAGAGACAUGAUAUUCACUUCCAGGGCAGUGAGCUCUUAUGAUAAGUGUACAAGACAGUGUGAGGAAAGAACAGUUGAAAUUUUAAACUUUUUUUACUCUAGAUGGGGUACGGAUUAGAUGACAUUGUGGCCGUUAUUGUUAUUUAUAAGGAGUGUUUUUAUACACUUAUGUAUCUCUCUCACUCUUGCACAUUAAUGGUGAUGACAUUUGAGAGAAUGAUGGAGAUGGUGAGCAAGAGAUCUUUUAGUAUCCUGCUUAUAUGAAUCCGGUCUGCUGCCACUGGACAAUGCGAUUCUUGAAUAGAAAGAUUCAGUUGCUAAAGCAUCUGAGCUUGUCUGUGUGAAAUGCACUAGGCAUUGGAUUGGGCUAAUAAUUGUAGGGGUUACAUGUUUGGAUAAACUCUCCAGAUAUAAAGAGAGAACCUGUAUGAGCUCAGAUGAACGAAUGAAGUAGCCUUGGCUCCUGAUUUACAGUAAGGAGACCAUUUCCUUUUCCUGUUUAAGCCACCUACAGUGCGCAAAUAAUUGGCUUUUAGGAUAUUGAAUAACAGUAUACAUAGGCUAUAUUUACUCAGAAACAAGACUUUCCAAUUAUAGUUAAAAAACAAUAUUAUGAUGAAACUAUGUAGUUGGUUAUGAAACAGUGAAUUUGAAUUAUUAUUGUGUGAUUACUGUAGGUCUAAUGGCAGUCAAGGAAAAAUGCUCUUAUGCAUCAGAACAUUAAUGAGAAAGGAACUUUUUUUAUUUUAUCAAGUUUGAUGAUGAUGUGAAGCCUCCUUGAAUGGAUGAUGAACAGAUUCAGAUUCAUAGAAGUCAAUCUUGGUAAAUUUUACAUAUAUGUGACAGUCACUUCGAGGGCAUCUUGUGGCGAUGAGUCAUCCAUACUUUAAUUUAGCCUGUUAUUAAUAUAAAUUCACAAUUUAGUUUUUUUUUUUUUAAUUGAUCAACUACUUUUUCCUCAAGCAAUAUCAUCAAAGCUGCUCAAAUAGAGCCCAGUCCCCUUCUGACACUUUUGAAAAGCACAAAAGAUUUUUAUGACUAACUACUGCAUAGAACCUGAGAUGUGUGUCAGUCAGGGAUCAUUUCAUGCUGCCUUAAUAUUUUUUUUUUUGUAUGCUGUAAUAAUGUCAUAGUCAGUACAUGGUAGACUGUGAGAAAAGUGCCAAAAUUGUUUCAAAACCGCCUUUCCCCCCCCACCAGCAACCCUGGAGAAAUACCCAAGACUGCAGGGAAGCCUUAUAUACAUUUAUCUUGAAAUGCAUUUAGCCUAAAUGCUUUUACAUGUGCCCAGAAACAUUACAAUCUUUUCCAGAUGGAUGCCAGAGAUCAUAUGAACAGUAAAGCACAGUGCUGGAGUUUGGCUGGCCUUUGUGUUUGUGCAGUGAGUAAUGAAUGUCCCAAGAGAAAACGCUGCAGGGUGUAACCACAGAUAGACAUGGGAGUCAAAUGCUCUUUGGGCCUUAAUAACACGAGAGAAAGAUUGGAGAACUAGAUGGCAUCUUGAAUGGUGAGAUAGAUUUUGAAUUGGUGACUAGAAUGAACAUGCAACAAAAAUGCAUGCAAACGGCCUUUAUAUUAAUGAUCAUAAUUUCCUUUGCAACCCUUUUUAAAAAUGUAUUGGCUGUUUUAUUGGUUUCAAUAUUGCAAUAAAGAAACUUAAGUCAUAUCACACUUAGCACACAUAUGACCUUUGAAGGAAAGGUGUAAGAACUCACCUGACAGUACAGUCAUUUAAAGUGUGAACUUAUAAGGCAGUAAGAUGAUAAGAUGACAUGAAUCAUGUGUAGAUUAUAAAAUAUAAGGGUUAUAGGUCAGAAACUGAAUAUGUGGCUUUAAGGUGAAAAACAAUCAAGAAAGUCUUGUGCUAUUGAAAUUGCUCCGCUUUUUUCGUACUGCGUUGGGUUUUAGACGAUUCUUCAAAUCAUUGUUAACCUGAGAGCUGAGUAAACCGACAACAGAAGUGAGUUCAUGUGUGAUCUGCUGUUUGUAGUGAAAAGUCAUGGUACAUACUGACUUCUCAAAGACAUAUAAUGCAUGAAGUGGGCUACCAUGAUCAAAAUGUUUGUAGAAAUAGUGUUUACAGUAUAUUUAGGGUACACAAGUGCAUUACGGUGGUUGAAAUGCAGGGUUUAUAGUAUCAAAGCAGUAAGGAUGACGAUGUGAAUUGUGAUAAAAUGUCUCUCAUUGUUUUGUAUGCAGAUUCUAUUUAUGAUGCUUCCCUUUAAAACAUGCUUUUCAUAUUGAAUCUUUCAUUGUUACUGAAAAUAUGCAUUUACAACUGUGAAAAUUCCCUCCAGAGCUAUUAAAAACAUGUCUGACACGUCCAGUCCAAAGGAUAUUCUUUGAUUAGCUUAUGUAAAUCUGGUAUGGUUAAGGUUUAUAAUUUGAUAACAAGAUUAAAAUGAGUGUAUUUAAUAGUUUAUUGCAUUGGAGGUGUGGUGCUGGUGGCCUACAUUACCAUUCUUUUGCUCCAUAUUCAGACAAUCAUGUGUUCUUCUCGCAUAACCUUCCUCAUUUCAGUCUUAUGUGAUUGAGCUCUGCCUUAAAGUCCACAUAAUGUGUGGCAGGGAAAACAAACCCAAACUUGAAUUUGAACAUGCUACAAAGUAUAAAGAUGAUCUUAACAUUGAGUGUGAGGAUGAGUGUUUUCUGUGCUAUAGUAAAAAAGAUGUUGUAUAUGUCAUUUGUAAAAUGUAAGUUGAGCAGAUGAUCAUGGGAGACUGUGACUUGAGAGCUCUCGAUGGAAUGAAAAAAUGUUCAUGUUUCACACAAUAAAAUGUUAAUGUCUGUA